UGCUCUUGUGGUGACGGGGCCCUUCCCAAACCACCCUCUGCCCCCCACAGACACCUUCCUGCUCAGUGCAACCCCGACGGGUGGCAGGGAUGUGGGGCUGGCGAGGAGCUCAGGACCAUCUCCAGCAGCGCUGCCGCCGCCGCGGUGCCCGCGGUGGCCUUGGCACCUCCACGGCAUCAGCGCUCCUCAUCUUGGGCAGCGUUGGUGGGAGAAGCAUCUCCCAGCGCCCCAAACCGAGCUGCCAUUCCCAGCAUCCAGCUCCCAAACCCUGGCAUUGCCGGGAAUCCCUAAACCCCCCUCCACGGGGGUACCCGGCGGCUGUUCCCACGCGGUGCCGCGCGGCUCCGACCAUCCCGGCUUUGCCUUUGGAACCGUCCCGGCUUUGCCUUUGGAACCAUCCCUGUGGCCGGGAAAGGAGGCGUUUCCCAGCCCCACGCUGGCUCGGGGCCAGGCUCUGGGAUAAGGCCUUGCCCCACACCGCAGCCGGAGCGCAGGGAGCUCCCACUCACACCUCCCCUGGUAUAAAACCCCUGCGCGCCGCAGCCCGCGCACACCCGGCGCAGCCCCAGGAGCAGCUCCCCGUUGGAGAGGACAGCCCAGCACCGCUGCCAGCGAGGACCCGCAGACCCCGUGCGGAGCAGCAAUGGGCCAGUGCAACUGCCGCAAGAAGCGCAAGGACUGCCAGGAGCUCACCGACGUGGAGCGCGCCAUCGAGACCGUCAUCAACCAGUUCCAUUGCUACGCCGUGAAGGGGCAGAAGGAAUACCUGACCCCCAACGAGAUGCAGGAGCUCGUGGUGCAGAAGCUGCCCCACUUGGGGAAGUGUGUUGGACCACUGGAAGAGAAGAUCGAAUGCAUGGGAGACCCUGAUGAAGCCAAGCUGGAGUUUGGAGAGUACUGGGACAUGAUGGGGGAUGCGGCCAAGGGCUGCCGGAGGAAGUAGAAGGGCGGCGGGGGGACGGGAAGGCGCCCGAGGCCUCAGGCUCUGCACCGUGGGUGCAUGCAAGAGGCUGCUGGUCCCGGUGGGAUGCGCUUGGGAAUGCACAACGCUGCUCAUCUCCUCCCCGCAUCCCUGCCCGGGGCAGAGGGAUCCCCCUCGCCGGCUCCCUUCCUGCCCUCUCCUUCCCGUCAGGACACCUCCCUUCCCAUCCCCAGCAAGGGUGUGGUAAAGGGGGUUCCUGGCUCCAGCUCCGGAGCCGCCUUUCUCCGUCCUUUGCUCCAGAGCCUUUAUCCCAGGGGUUAUCCCACCUCCGGCCCUGAAAAGCCUCUGGUUGCAGGUCCCCCAGCCCCGGAGCAGCGCAGCGAGAGGGACUCGGCUCCUUU